CAUUGUCUAACUUGAUAGUGGUCCACUAGACUCGUGUGUCAUCCGUACUCUUCAGACUUGCGUCGGGGUUGGAGAUAUGGGACCGAGGAUUGUCCGAGGUGGGGGCGACCCAAACAACUUCAUCCGCGGGACGGUGGUGGCUUACCUUCAAACGAGUUGAGAGGAGUCAUCGUUUUUAUUUCAAAACAAACUAAAAAGCGAAAGAAUCUAGAUGUCAAGUGUGUUUUUGGAUACCUAGGGCAAAGUGCCACACCUUCUCGUAGCGCAACAGCUCUAUCUCUCAGCUGGCCAAAUGGGGUGUCAAUGCUGCCGGAUGAUGAAAAGUUACAUAUCCGAUCCAUCGGCGGAGGUGGACGUGAGGAAGACAGACUCCUUCUACCGAACGCACAACCUCUCAGAUGGGGCCCUCAAAGGCCGCUCACAAGGAGCCCACCAGUCGCAGAAGGAGGGCUUCCACAACCUGGCCUACAGCAUCUCCAGCGACAGCAACCUCAGACUGGAGGUGGACAACAACCACGUCAACUACAGGCUCCACGCCGUGCCGCCGCCCAGCAACCAGCCGCACCAACGGGCCAGCGCUCCCCCAGCGGAGGGCGGACUCUAUAUCAUCCAACCGGCCACUCUGGGGCCACAAUGGGUGAUCCAGAAUAAACACCAAAGUCAGGUGCCGGUGUACCCCGCCUUUCAGGCCUACGACAACCAGAGGGUCUUUGGCGGGCUGAGACCUUGGGACAGCCCCGUCACCCAGUGCGUGACCACCAACGGGAGCCUGUCGGCGGACGAGGUGGACGAAGGCGUCGGGGGGACACCCGAGUACCCCUGCGACACCGGGGACGAAGAGAGCGUCUUUUCGGUGGACAUCCAGACCAGCACCGCCAGCCUGUGGUCGGCCGACACCAGAAACGAGCGAAGAUCCAAGGCGGCGGACGUGUCCACGGUUGAGAGCGGCAUCGUUGUGACAAAGAGCGAGGACGAAGAGGGCCGAAACGAGGCGGGGAGCGUCACGGACUCCAUGGUGGCAGAGGCGCUCGCCGCCCUGGAGGCCGCCACGGCCGGGGAGGAUGAGGAGUGACUUGCAAAACCGUUUACAAGGUGGACAAAGGUUUGAAGGUGAAGAGACAGCUGGAAAUGUGUUAGUACUCGGCCAUCCUCGCAAAACGCACGGCGUCAGCGUUUUCUCAUCGUAUCAGAAUUUCCACAUUUCCCUUCCUCUCAUCAUCACUUUUAUUUAUACUGUAUAUAUGUGAGAGGAAAAGCACAAAUAUGUCCAUAUUUCUUCAUGAGUGACUUUUUCCUUUUAGCUUGUGACAUCAGCUCAUGCUUGAUGAUGAGCAGGUUGAGGCCGGAACUUUGCAAGAUCUGAUCUAAUCUUGUCCGCCAUCUUGUCAAGGCUCAUUUACGAGUGCUGAGUAGGAUACGAGACCUGAAAAAAACUGCAGUUGUUUUGUUUGCUCGUUUCUCUGCUGCCAAAUAAGGUUGCUAAACUGUGAGCGUUCCAUUUUAUAACUUAUCAAACUGUGUCCAAUGGAACUUCACUUUGUGUUUUUUUAAUGGACCACACAAAUGUUUGUUGACUCUCUCCAGCUUCACCGUGGGACCGGCUGCUUGCCGCGGCGGCCGCUAAUGAGUACCUUUGGGCUCUCACGCUACCACUUGUGUCACAUUCCAACUGCACAUUUUAAGGCAAAAUGCAAGCAUCGAGUCAGAAUCUUGAAUAGAAUUCCGCUUAUUGUUUGCUCUCAGUAUCCAUUUCUGACAUACCAGUGAGGUUCCGUCACGGAGAUAACGGUGCUACGGAAAGAUCUGCGACCAGUCAAAAUUUGUAAUGUUGACGUCAAAAUGUAAAUAUUAAAAACAUAUAUGUCACAGUAAACAAGGGUUCAUUAUAAUAUGUCGCAAAUAUUUGAAGGGCAGUGCUAAAUCUGCUAGCGAGAUUUGAAUGUAGCCUUACUUUAAUACUAAGCUAGCAUUAGCACUGCAAACAAGCGGAUGUUAGCCACGGCUGCUAGCAUAACGGUCAAAAUGGAUUGCUCGUAUAACACUAUGUAUUUGAAAUGUUAUAUUUUGCCAAAGUACAACCAAUAAAAAAUAUAAACAAGUGAUAAAUAUACCUGUUAAGUAGAAAUUUUGCUAAUUUUGUAAUGUUUCUGAAUCCACCAGCUUCUGUUUGCUAGUCUUAUGUCCUAUUGUUAGCAAACAAGGGAUGGCCUUUUUCUUUUCCCUUAAGCUAAGAAGGUCAGGUUGCAUGUUUUGACAAUUGGUCAGUCAGGACUCGGGUCGUGUGACUAGUUAUUUCUCCCCUCGGCGCUGGUUUCUUGUAAAUCAAAUAAGAAGUACAAGAUGAUAAUUCUGACAAUUUGAACAAAUUGACAGGUCGCAGAUAUUUCCACAACAGCAGCACCACUUUCUGCAAGUUAGCCAUUGACAUUAGACACACACAUGGAUGCUCCCCGAAGUGUGUAGGCCUGCCUAAUCUGUUUGUUUUUCUCAAGGCUUUGUUGCCGUUAAUGAUGUCACCCUUAAUUGUAGCACACACACAUCUCCAUGUCUCCGAGGAGGAAAAGGAAAAUCACGGUGGCAAGGAAGAAAAAAAAAAAACUGUCCUUGCUGUCCCUGCUGGCUCAAGUUAAAUAUUACAUUCAUUUCAGUGGAAAUUGCAUUUAGCCGUGUUGCUCAAGCCAGAGGCAAGAUGUUUGUGUUCACGGCCGUUAAACAUUGACCGGGCUUCCCCCACUGUCACCAUGGUGCCUUAAAUAAUUGAACACCAGAGAGACAAGUGCAUAUAAAUGUUCCAUUUUCCACAAAAAUAUUGUUGAAACUUUUUGGAUGAUACUUGGCAAAAAAAAAAGCUCAAGUCAACACACUUAUGUGCACAACCAGGAGUCAAUAUUUGCACUAGUGACUUGUCUGCCUGCCUGCCUCGCCCUUUUGCGACCUUGCGUGUUUGGGGAAGGGAACUUUGCUUAAAGCUCACAGCUACGGGCAGGGUGAUGUAGUUUUGUGUGAUAUUCAGGUCUACCCGCCCCCCAUCAAAACCGCCCUCAAAGUCCUGUCUAGUUCAAUCUUAGCAUUAUUGCGACACACUUAACGGGAGUGUACAUUCGUCUUUAUUUCCAUAUUUUUUUUGUCAUUAAAUAAAAAACAAAACACAGCAGAAAUAAUAAAAUAUACGUCAUACAUCCAAAAACUGAUGUGAUAAUACUGUAAACAAAUAUAUAUAUAUUUAAAAAAAAUAAUAGCCUUUAAAAGGUGAAUAACCCCUAAAGAAUGAGAGCAGCUCGACACUUAUGAUGUCGACGCUCUCUUGCUUUGGUAUCUCUUCAGACCAGCAACCAGCAUCCAAAACUUGGCUCGAUCUUACAUAAGUCAAACCCAAGUCGGGAGGAAAAAAAAAAAAUAGAACGGACUGAAUGGGCUGAUUUUCAGCACACAAAUGUCCCAACACAAA